AAUCAUGGUAUUGCUUACAGCAGCUAUUCACCUCUAUCCACCACCGUCGUUGGUUUACUGACUCAAUUAUACAAAGAUCUAGCGACUACAUUGACUUGAAUUAUUCGCUGAAAUAUUUACAAUUAAUAUUAUACGAAAACCCGACCAAGGGACUUAUAUUUACAAUUAAUAUUAUACGAAAACCCGACCAAGGGACUUAUAUUUCACCAUGGCAGACUCUACCUCACAAUCAACGCCCGCACCGAUAGUAACAACAGACAAAUGCAUCAUACGUGCAUACGUGCCAAGUGACGCCGAGGGCGCGGUGGCGGCAGCCAACUUCCCAGAGCUUGUACAAUACAUGCGCAAUACCUUUCCUCACCCCUACACACUAGACAGCGCCAACCGCUGGAUCAACAUUUCCUUAAACAGCAACCCCAUGGUAAACUUCGGCAUCUUCACGCCCGAAGGCACCUUCGCCGGGGGCAUCGGGCUUACUCCCCACCAGGACAUCGAGUAUCGCACGUGGGAGAUCGGGUACUGGGUCGGAAAGGAGUUCUGGGGGAAGGGUAUUGCGACGAGUGCUCUCGAGGGGUUUUCGGCCUGGGCUUUCGAGCAAUUCCCGGAGCUGGUAAGGAUCGAGGCUGGCGUGUUUAUCGAGAACGUUGCUAGUCAGAAAGUUUUGGAGAGGGCUGGUUAUACUAAAGAAGGAAUAAGAAGGCAGGCCGUCUGCAAGAAGGAGAAGAUUGCGGACCAAGCGACGUAUAGUUUACUUCGGGACGACCUGAGGGAUUUAUCAUGAGCCUGAGUAAGAUGUCCCGGAGUGUAGGUACUUGCUAUAUUUCGAGGGAGUACUAGACAUAUUUAGAUUUCAAAUCAUAAUUCGCAGUCAUGGAUUUUUACCUUAUAUUACCUAUUUACCGUGUUAAUGAAGUAGAUGUAGGGCGAGUACGAAAAAUAGGGGCUAGGAUAAAAAGCUGCUAGCACGGUGUUUCCAUGACUUCGACCUCGCUUUGGCUAUACGUCAAAAGUACCUUAAACAACUCUUCUGGCUACAUGCCAUUCUCACCGGUAUCUAGGGAGUUGGGUC